CCGUUUUAGCUUUCGAGUGUCACACAUCUAGUUAGAAGUGGUCUUCAGUCUCAGACGUCUACGCUCAACGAACGUGCCUUCCUCCUUGACUUCAUCAUGUGAUUUAUGCAGUGGGGUGACUGGUCAAUUUAUUUGACUAUCUGGAUAGGCUAUCGCUAACAACUUCCGCCCGAUUUGAACAACUUCAGUCCGACCGCUGCCUCAGUGUUCUUAGUGUGAUUAGUCUAUAACAAGGCAUUUUUUCCACAACAAGAAGCAUUUUUUAGGAACAUUAUACAAACUCUACUUGCAAAGUUUGAUUUUAUCAAUGAGUUUCCGGGCUGUCUGGGUAUUGUCAUAUGAGAAAGGAGAAGUUGCAACAUUGCGCUUUUCCAGACGAUAUCCUUCGGUCGAACGCCGAGCAAAACGUCUGUCUGGGCCGCAAUAUGUUCCAAUACCGGAGGAUUGUGUCUUAAGCAGACUACUUUUUACUGAGUUGGGACUGGAGGAUCCUGACAGGCUGUAUGUUGCCAUGCGAGAUGAUUGUGAGCUGCAUCAAGAGUCCCACAUUUUGGAGCUCCAUCCAGACGGCUGUAGGGGUGCACUGUGGCCCUUAUUAACAAUAACUCAAGGGGGCCUUAUCAUGGUUUGUCUGCCUUUGGUAGAUUCAUCUGCCUAUUUACAGCCUCGCCUCUCAAGUCAAGUCUCUAUCUCUCAAGGCAUAGCCUUCUUGUCUGGUCUUCAGGCAUUCCUGUCAGCUGGGAACAAAACACAAGAGUCUGAUAUUCUGGCGUCCCGUUUAGAUGUAUUACCCUUAGUCCUCUUCCACAUUUGCCCCCUGGGGACACCAGUGGACACGCCACACUCUGCUAUUUUUCCAUUUUUGUCAGUGUCCUCUCCUAGCAGCUCACAGAAGCAGCCAGCCUGGAAGGCAGGAACUCACAAGGGAAGAUCAACUGUAAGUGUGUCUGUCACAGAAACUGUAAGGUCCAUGCAAUAUGGCAAUCACAGCAAACAAGACCUCUGGGAUGUUUAUGGCACCGUCAUGUGUAAGUGUGAAGUGGAGGGAACCCAACCCAACAUCACAGUCACACUCUCCUUACCACCUAAUGGCUCACCCUUGCAAGAUAUCCUUGCACAUCCCUGUGUCAACACACUAGAUACCAGCACGCUGACAGCCAGUAGCAUGGAUUAUGGUGAUGCUUCAGCCUUCUCGGGGCCCUACAAGUUCCCCUUCUCUCCUCCCCUGGAGCCCUUCAGGCUUUGCAGUUACACUUCACAGGUACCAGUUCCACCAGUUUUGGGUUCAUAUCAGCUCAAGGAGGAUGAUGGACAUCUGCAGCUAAAUGUUCUUUUGAAACUGCACGAGAGUGUGACAAACAGUUUUGAAUACUGUGAAGCCCAUCUGCCAUUUUUCAAUAGGUGCCAGAUGGGUACUUUGGAUGUUAAGGUGACCUCAGGUCAGGUGGAGGUCUCCAAAGAGAAGAACCUUUUAGUCUGGAUCUUAGGACAGAAGUUCCCAAAGGCCCGUGAAGUAACACUUGAAGGAGCUAUUAAUUUUUCUGGACAGACAGUAGGACCCACAGAUCCCCUCUGCACUGAUGGAACAGCUUAUGUCAAAGAAAAAUCCCCCAUAGGAUUCAAACCGCGAAACAGCAGCACUUUGGAUCAGGAGUCAUGCGAGCUAACAAUCCAGCUAAAAGCACAGCUGUAUUUCAGAAUACCUGACCUAACUUUAUCAGGAUGUUGUGUGGACCAACAUUCAGUUCAAGUGUAUUCUUCAACAAAGCCUCGCGUUGUCACAUCUCGGGAUUUGGUGUCUUCAGAAUAUUACAUAUGGAACUCCACAGGACACACACCAAUGUUGCCUGGUGCUAUGAUGAUGUAGGGUCAAAGAUAAGAUAUGUACCUUGUCAUUGUCCAAAAGCCAUUCAUUUAAAAUAAUAGUAUUCUUUAUCUUCUUUUCACCUAGAAAUAUUUGCGUGCCAAAGUAUAAAAUAAAUGUAAUUGUUGAACUCUAAUGUCAAAAUGUCCAUCUCUACUGUUGAUUACAAUUCUAAUAAUCAUCCUAAAAUAGAAAUGAACACCCCAUGUCAUAAUUGUAUGUGUUUGCAACAAUAUUGGGAAUAAUUUACUACAUAUUUGAAAAUGUGAAUAACUUUUCAGUUGACUUUUGUGGAUCAUCAAUUAGAAAGCUAGAUACUGCAUUGCCCGUGGAGUUCUAUUGGGGAGCUUACGUAAACACGGCUGCCAUAUUGCUGGGGGCAAACCAGAGGGUCAGGAUUUGGAGGGUUAGCUUCAGCCUGUUAGCAUGGCAUUUGGCCACUGACAUUUUUGAAAAUGUGCCGUUACAUGGUUACCACUUCCGGCACCAGUUUUUACAUGCUGAUUGGUAGAUGACCACUUAUGCACGAGUUUAGUGUUGGGCAUGAUCGUCCUCACGCUAAACGACAUCCUCACUCCUAAAACGACUGCAUACGUAUAUAUGACUAAUGUCUACAUGGUUUGGGCUGUAUUACACCAGGCUUUGUGGUAAAUAAAAGAAAAAAGUAAAUGUU